AUAUAAAUGACGGGAAACAACCGACAUAUGGUCUGUCAGAAUCGGACUAGCACGCUUGCCGCGCCGUCGUUUACAUGACAACGUAAACGCUAAGUGACAUUAUAUACAGGGGCGACGAAGUGCAUGCCGCAUAAUGGCGCAGCGAGUGAGCGGGGACGCUUCGAUCUUCUCAAAAUUCAAUAUCGAUGCGAGCAAGUCUUUGGAUUACAACGAGUUUCGAUUGUUAUGUUGCGAGCUAUUCGAUGCAAACGUGGUCGAACAGCGCGAGACAAGUAUACGAGCAAUUUUCAAGCUGUUCGAUGCGGACGCGGACGGCGUGUUAAACGAGCAAGAAAUACAAAGAUGCUGUGAUUGGAUACGCACAACCAUAAAUCCUGUAAAUAUUUUGAUAAUUGUCGAUGUGCAAAAUGAUUUUAUCGAUGGCACGCUAUCUCUUCGAAAAUACAACAAGAACAUAACGGAACAUAACAUAACGGAAAUGAUAGACUCGAUUAAUGUGCUUUUACAAAAAGUUCGUUGGGACAAAGUAAUAUACACACAAGAUUGGCAUCCUGAGAAUCACAUCAGCUUCUUCGAAAAUUUACCGUUGCGCGAAUUGGAUCCAGAAUCUCAGGUCACUAAGGACAAUGCGAAACUUUUUGAUACUGUUGUCUUUUUGGAACCUCGUGUAAAGCAAACACUUUGGCCAAAGCAUUGCGUUAAAAAUACAUGGGGUGCUGACUUGCACAAAGAUCUUCUUAUCUUACCUUCUUCCGAGCGGCUGUAUAAAGGUUGUCAACCAGACAAAGACGUGUAUUCAGGAUUUAACGAAAAGGACGCGGAUGGUUCUUCGGUGCUCGCAAGACUUUUACCGGAUGUUACUGUCGCUCAUUUGUAUGUUUGCGGAAUUGCCUAUGACGUAUGUGUAAAAGAGACCUGCUUGGAUGGUCUGCGAUUGGGCUAUCGGCUAGCCGUUAUUGACGACUGCUGCCGAGGUAUAAAACCCGAUGAUAUAACGAUUGCUAAACAGUUAAUUAGUGAAAAUGGCGGCCUAAUAACAACCAGCAAACAUGUUUUCUCCUUGGUGAAUGAUGGCAAUCACAGCUUAGUGACGGCGCAUCACGCUGCAAAGAUGCAUUACGCUCGAUAACAAUUUUUAUUAAUAAUGAUAAUUAAAAAAAAUAAUAAGAAUCUAAACUUUGCAUAUUUCGUUUUAUCUAAAAAUUUAUUAUUACGAAAAAAAUGCAAUAAUUUUAAAGUGAUUUUUCUCUUGCUUGCCUGUAAG